UACAGAAACGCACAUAACCUUAAAAUUAAAUAAAAAUUUUUAAUAUAUUAAUUGAAAAUUAAAGAGAGAUAUUCAAUAUGCAUGGUAGAGUAAAAGUUCGAACAACUGCAGAACAAGAAGCACUAAAAAGAAAGGAAAGAGCUGAGAAGCUUUCACGUUAUAGAACUAGCAUGAGUAUUAUAUUUAACAAACGAAAAGAUAAGAUAUAUGAUGAAGAAUUAAUGAUGGUUACUCAACGUAUGGUACUACAAAAUCCAGAUAUUUAUACUUUAUGGAAUAUCCGUAGAGAAGCAUUUAUAAGUAAUAAUUGGGAUGAAAAUCUUUUAAAAGAGUUUUAUCAAAAUGAAUUAACACUUACUGAAAAUUGUUUAAAACAAAAUCCUAAAUCUUAUUGGGUAUGGUAUCAACGAAUAUGGAUCAUGAAUCAUUUAGUGGAUUGUGACUGGAAAAAAGAGUUAAUGUUAUGUACUAAGUGCUUAAAUUUGGAUGAUAGAAAUUUUCAUUGUUGGAAUUAUAGAGAGUUUGUCGUACAAAAAGCAGGGAUUUCUCCUGAAGAAGAAUUUCAAUUCGCUACCUCAAAAAUUCUAAAUAAUUUUUCUAAUUAUUCCUCUUGGCAUUAUAGGAGUCAACUAUUAUCUAAAAUAUUUUAUAAUUCUGAUCAAAACAGAAUUAAUGAAAAAAAGAAAGAGGAAUUAGAUUUAGUGAUGAAUGCAACAUUCACAGACCCUAGCGAUUCUAGUGCUUGGUUUUACCAAAGAUGGUUAUUAGAUACUCAUGGAUGUUUGACUACUCUUUCUCAAGCCUUAAUAAAAGAUAACAGUGUGAUUCUUUUUGUUAAUAAAAACAUACCAGCUGAAUCAAUAUUUUUGCAAAUAAAUAACAAAGAUGAAGAUGUUCAGUGGAAGUCUUGGCAAGAAACAAAGAUUUCAAAAUUAUGGUUUGGAAAAGUUAAAAAACAGUUAGAUGAAAUAAAGGCUGUUGAAAUUAAAAUUGAUGAGAUAUCUUAUCCUUUACUUUGUGUUAAUCAAAAAUGGGUAUAUAGAAAAAGAAAAUAUGAAUCCUACUCUAAUGAAGAUCAGUUAUUAGAACAAUUAUCAAGUUAUAAACAACUUGUAGAAAUGGAACCUAAUAAUAAAUGGGCUUAUCUAACUGCUAUUCUUUUAAUGAGAAAAAUCAAUUUUAUAAAAUAUUAUAAAAAUAUUUUAAUAUAUUUGAAUGUCCUUGUUAAUAUUGAUUCUCUUCGAACUAAUUAUUAUAAAGAUUUACGAAGCAAAUACAUAAUUGAACACAAAUUAUAUGAAAUAUGGAACACAGAAGACCAGGAAAUAAAGUUAGAAAUUGAUCUUUCAGGAUUACAAUUAACAACACUUAGUAAUGAUGAAUAUCUCAGUUUCUUUGAACAACUAAAUCUUGGUGCAAAUUUUUUAUCAAAUUCCUUACAUCAAUUAUCUUUUUUACAAAGUUGUAAAAAAUUAUCGCUUUCAAGUAAUGAAUUAGAAAAUUUGAAAAAAUUUCCUAUAUUACAAAAUCUUGAGGUUUUGUCAUUAAGAAAUAAUAAAUUAAAUAAUUUAGAGGAAAUAUUACAAUUGGUAACAAGACAUAAGUUAAAGAUACUUGAUUUAAGAGAAAAUCCAAUAUGUAAUACCAAAGAAUUACAAAAUAGUAUUGUACAAAUCAAUCCAGAGUUACAAGUAUAUGUAGAGUAA